AUGAGGAAGAUGCUGGCCGCUGCCGUGUCCCGCGUGCUGUCGGUGGUCGCCCAGAAGCCGGCUCGCAGAGUGUUGCUGUCGUCCUGUAACUUUUCAAACAAGGCUACGUUUGAAAUGAAGAGCUGCGAUCUUUACCUGUUGGAAAAGGGUCCCCCGGUCGCGACGGUCCUCACCAGGGAGGAUGGAAUCAAGUACUACAGGAUGAUGCAGACGGUGCGCCGCAUGGAACUGAAGGCAGAUCAGCUGUACAAACAGAAAUUCAUUCGUGGUUUCUGUCACUUGUGUGACGGUCAGGAAGCUUGCUACGUGGGGCUGGAGGCGGGAAUAAAGCCCUCGGAUCAUGUCAUCACGUCCUAUCGGGCUCACGGCAUCGGCUAUACCCGGGGACUUUCCGUCAGAUCCAUUCUGGCAGAACUGACAGGUCGAAGAGGAGGCUGUGCCAAAGGAAAGGGAGGCUCGAUGCACAUGUAUACCAAAAGGUUCUACGGGGGCAACGGCAUUGUGGGGGCGCAGGGCCAGAUAGCAGAAACAUACAAUAUGGCAGCCUUGUGGAAAUUACCUUGUGUUUUCAUCUGUGAGAAUAACCUCUAUGGAAUGGGGACAUCUAUUGAGAGAUCAUCAGCCAACACGGACUAUUACAAGAGAGGCAAUUUUAUCCCUGGGCUGCGGGUAGAUGGGAUGGACAUUCUAUGUGUUCGGGAGGCGACAAAGUUUGUUGCUGACUACUGUAGAUCUGGAAAGGGGCCUAUAUUGAUGGAGUUGCAGACCUACCGCUAUCAUGGACAUAGCAUGAGUGAUCCAGGACUCAGUUACCGCACACGGGAAGAAGUUCAGGAUGUAAGAAGUAAGAGCGAUCCUAUUAAGCUUCUUCGAGAGAGAAUGCUAAGCAAGCAGCUCACCAGUAUUGAUGAAUUAAUGGAAAUCGAGGCUAAUGUGAAGAAAGAAGUUGAGGAGGCAGCCCAGUUUGCUACAACCGAUCCGGAACCACCUUUGCAUGAAUUAGGCUUUCAUCUUUACAACAAUAAUCCACCUUUUGAAGUUCGUGGUCCGAAUCAGUGGAUCAAGUUUAAGUCCAUCAGUUAA